AAUUUAUAUAUCACAACGAGGUUAAAAUACAGAUAACCUUUAACUUGUUACUGGUACCUAAAGUAACUUUAAUAAUGAAACAGUGAAGAUUAUGAUUUUGAACGAAAUUGUAAUUAGCUAGUGACAGUAUCAAACAUAUUGAUAAUAUGGUGUUUUAGUGGCAGUGUUAAUAAUCUAUACUUGUUAAUUCGAAUUGAAAUAACAAAAACAAUGACGCUGUCAGAUAAGUUAUUGUUAAUAGCAUUAGUGUAUUUAAAUUCUGUAACAUUUGAAGUACAAAACGGUCCUAGCCAUAGUGUUCCAAGCUAUGGAGAAAAUUUUUGUAAAGGUAACAAAGAAUUACGAUCAAACUUCAACCACCACUUGAGUGCUGGAUAUCAUGUUUAUAUAAAAAAAAGAUUGCAGGCAUUUUCGGAAAUUAAAGUGACUUUGGAUUCUGGAGGCACAGUACUUCUUCAAAAUUAUUCAAGAUUUUCAGCUACUAAAGAUACCAUCAAUAAUAUUUUUACGUUCAUCAUAGUUAAAGAUGUCGAUGAAGUAAAGUUUACAGUUCAAGGCAGACAUGCCCCAAAUCAUCCACCGUACAUAAUAAGUUUAAAAAUCGAUGGCGUAGAAAAUUGUAAAGAACCUGAUCGGACAUAUUUUCAAAAAUUCUCGAUCGGAGUUGUGAAAUUAUAUGAGAAUGCCCCAGAUAAAUUUUGUGGUAGGCGAAGAAUUAACCAUCGAUAUACAGAACUCAUUGUAAGUGGAUCCGCAACGAAAGCCGGGGAGUACCCUUAUCACGCCGCUAUAUUGCGACUUCAGAAGUUUACUAUGAAAUACGUAUGCGGUGGGACACUCAUUUCCAAAUAUACUGUUUUAACAGCUGGCCACUGCGUAUCGGCAAACGGAGCUCAGUUGAAUCCUAAUCUUUUUAGUGUUUCAUUGGGAAAAUAUACACUUGUGGCAAGGGACGUAGCUUUACAAGAGAAAGAAGUAUAUGAAGUAAUACUUCACGAUGGAUUUGACUACAGAACUCUUGACAAUGACAUCGCUUUACUGAAAUUGUCAAGUGAAGCAAUUUUCAACAACUAUGUUCAGCCCGCAUGUAUAUGGUUUAACGGACUCUACGACCAUAUUGGUGCUUACGACAUUAAAGGCACGGUAGUCGGCUGGGGCUUUGACAACACAGAUUCACUGUCGUCGCAGCUAAAAUCCGCAGUUAUGCCAUUAGUUACCGAAAUCACGUGCAUACGUUUUGAUCCAAUAUUUUACUCGAAUGUUCUAAAUGGCAAAAGAUUUUGUGCGGGAACUCAGAACGGAACUGCCGCUUGCAAUGGUGACAGUGGUGGGGCUUUCGCGAUCUUCGUCCAAGAUGAUCCAAAUACUAAUUAUAAAGGUAUCGAUUACAUAGACGGAGCGUGGUAUGUGAGAGGAAUUGUAUCAGUCAGCCUAGCGAGACAUGACGCCUCAAUAUGCAAUCCCGAUGCAUACACAAUUUUUACUGACGUAGCGUUAUACAGGGACUGGAUAUUGGAUAACAUGAACUGACACGCGAAAUGGACUCGUAAAAACCCUUUUAGAUUAAUUGUUAUUUUUUAAACCUUGUACUAUUAAUACUCGUAUGUUUUUAUAUAUAAAAUUGUAGAAUAAAUAAAUAAAAAGUGAUCGUUUU